GACUUGGUAUGGCUGUGUCGGUAGAUGUGGAGUUGCCGUGCUGAGGUGGAGAUGGCUGCGGUGAUGCGGGUGUGUCGGUGCGGGCGGAAGAUGCUGUGGCCGCUCCUGCUGGCGGUGUUGUGUGUCGUGAAUCGCUCCAGCUCAGUAGAGGUGUACACUCCGGAGGAACUGACGGUAGAAAAUGGCACCCAAGCCAAGCUGUCCUGCACUUUUAAGUCGUCCAGCGCGAUCCAUAGCGAAACUAUAGUCUUCUGGUCCUACAAAGAGGAGGGACGUGCGUCCGCCGCGGUGAAGAUCUUUGGGUAUAUGGGAGGGAAGCCCAUCCCGUGGGGCGACCGCUUCAAAGACCGCACCACCUGGGCCGGGGACCUCAAUAAGAAGGACGCGUCCAUCAAGAUAGCAAACGUCACUUUCAAAGACAACGGCACGUAUACAUGCGAGGUCAUUAACCCCCAAGACCUUGGGGGCGGCCCCAAGGAACUGAAACUCCGUGUGGUGGAGAAAGGGAAUCUCCCGUCAUCGAAUGUUCCCUUUCUCGUCGGCAUUAUUUGCGCAGCGAUUGGCGGCCUUCUCCUCAUCGCCAUUAUUGUGUUUGCCAUCGUGAUCACUAAGAAGAAGAGGUCUAGAAAGAAUUACACGGGCUGCAGCACGACUGAAAGCUUGAUGUCACCCGUUAAGCAGCCACCACGCAAGUCGCCCUCUGAUACGGAGGCUCUGGUUACCAAUGCACCCACUGGAACCGUGCAGGGGCCAGUAAUCUACGCUCAGCUCGACCACUCGGGAACCGCAAACAGCCAGGUCAACAAAUCAGAACGCGUGGUCUACGCCGACAUCCGGAAGGUCUGCUGAGAUCCCCGACGCGGAUGCAAUAUUCCAU